AUGCAGCAGACGGCUACAUAUAUGAGCCCGCAUGUCUGGCCGAGUGAAGGACCAGUGGCCAGCUACCAUAUGCACCUCACUGCCCCCUGGGUCACAUCGCUUCUCGAGCCCACCACUUCCCUAUAUCGACUCUGGUAUGAAGCAUUGAAUCCUACCUCACGCCUCCUGUUCGUCUGGACUACGAUUUUCUCGUUCGUGAUCACCACCCGCUACUGCUACGUCAAGUACCGGAGGGGACGCAACAUGGCUCGUUCUAUAACCGUGCUCCUGACGGCAUAUUUCCUUGGUUGCUGGACUCUUGCCAGGUCUCAGACUGCAACAACUAGUUCGCCGGGCGAUGUCUUCACCGUACCGGCUGAUGCCGACAUUGGCCAAUCUGUCAUCCCAAACAUUGCAGACCCCCAGGCCGUCAAUCCGCAAGAUGUCUGCCCUGGUUACAGGGCAUCCAACGUGGUCGAGACCAAGAACGGCAUCACAGCUGACCUGACACUUGAUGGUCCUUCUUGCAACGUCUAUGGCACAGAUAUUGAAGAUCUCAUCUUGAAGGUCGAAUACCAGGCCCUUGAUCGUCUGAAUGUUCAGAUCCGACCAAGGUACAUUGGCCAGGAAAACUAUACCUGGUUUGUACUUCCAGAGGAGCUGCUACCCCUUCCGGCUGUUGAGACCGAAGGCUGUGCUCCCGAGAGCGACCUUGAUUUCUCUUGGAGCAACGACCCCACAUUCUCGUUCAAGGUCACUCGUAACAGCACCGGCGACGUACUCUUCAACACGGAGGGCACUCAGAUCGUAUAUGAGGACCAAUUCAUCGAGUUCAAGACUGGCUUGCCAGAUAAUUACAACCUCUAUGGCCUUGGUGAAGUGAUCCAUGGCUUGAGGCUUGGAAACAAUCUGACGAGAACGCUUUUCAAUGCUGACGUUGGUGACAACAUUGACGCAAAUAUAUAUGGGCAUCAUCCCAUCUACUAUGAUACUCGGUACUUUGAGGUAGGCAGCGACGGGAUGCUGUCAUACGCAGCAAAUGCAUCGGACAAGUCUGCCAAGUACAAGUCGUACACACACGGUGUUUUCCAAAGGAAUGCGCACACCCAGGAAGUCCUUCUCAGAGAGCCAGGCGUUACAUGGAGAGCACUAGGCGGAAGCAUCGAUCUGUACUUCUAUGAGGGGCCGAAUCAAGACGCCAUUACGAAGUCCUACCAGAACAGUGUCAUUGGACUACCUGCUUUCCAGCAGUGGUGGACGUUUGGGUUCCACCAGUGUCGCUGGGGGUACAACAAUUGGACACAGCUUCAGGAAGUCAUUGAUAACUUCGGAAAAUUUGAAAUUCCACUGGAAACGAUCUGGACUGAUAUUGACUACAUGACCAAGUACCGUGACUUUGACAAUGACGCCGAACGCUUUCCAUAUGACGAAGGUGCUGAGUUUUUGGCCAAGCUUCACGCAAAUAAACAGCGCUACGUCCCCAUCGUCGACUCGGCCAUUUACUCUCCCAACCCGGAGACCGAAAAAGGCCUGUAUCCCACCUAUGACCGCGGUGUUGAGCAAGAUGCUUUCAUACUCAACCCUGAUGGCUCCCUAUAUGUUGGUGCCGUCUGGCCGGGAUAUACCGUAUUCCCCGACUGGAUUGGUGCUCUCUUCAACGGUACUGGUACAAAUCAAUGGUGGACGUCCGAAUUUACGACUUGGUACGAGAAAGUUAAGUUCGAUGGUAUUUGGAUCGAUAUGUCGGAAGUAUCGAGUUUCUGUGUUGGUAGCUGCGGGAGUGCUAACUUGACCCUUAACCCGGCACAUCCACCUUUUCUACUGCCGGGCGAACCUGGAAACGAAGUAACGACUUAUCCAGAGGGUUUCAACAUUACCAACGCAACCGAUAUCACCACAUCUACAACAUCGACCUCAACAGCUGCAGCUACAUCCACGUCAACCUCAACCUCAUACUUUCGAACUACUCCUACUCCUGGGGUUCGAAACAUCAACUGGCCGCCAUAUACCAUCAACAACUUCAACGGUGACCUUGCUGUUCACGCAGUCAGUCCAAAUGCAACACACCACGGUGGUACUCUCGAGUAUGAUUUCCACAAUGUCUACGGCCAUCAGAUUCUGAAUGCCACAUAUCAUGCUCUCCUUGAGGUGUUCCCUGACAAGCGACCCUUCAUCAUAGGCCGCUCCCAGUUUGCUGGUUCUAGCAAGUGGGCUGGCCACUGGGGCGGAGACAAUUACUCGCUCUGGGCCUUUAUGUUCUUCUCAAUCCCACAGGCUCUGUCGUUCUCCUUGUUUGGGUUCCCUAUGUUUGGAGUUGACACGUGCGGGUUCGCCGGAAAUUCGGAUAUGGAGCUUUGUGCCCGGUGGAUGCAGUUGUCGGCGUUCUUCCCCUUCUACCGUAACCACAAUGUCCUGGGUGCUAUCAGCCAGGAGCCGUAUGUCUGGACUGAAGUCGCUGACUCCAGCAAGAGCGCCAUGAAGAUAAGAUACGCACUUUUGCCGUACAUGUACACCACGUUCUACCUCAGCCAUUCAACUGGAUCAACCACAAUGCGUGCCUUGGCCUGGGACUUUCCUGAUGAGCCAUGGUUGGCUGACGCUGAUCGUCAGUUCCUCCUCGGCGACGCGAUUCUCGUUACACCGUGCCUGGAGCAAGGUGCCACGACUGUGGAUGGAGUGUUCCCCGGAGUGGGCUCUGGCACGAUCUGGUAUGACUGGUAUAACCAGACAGCUAUUACGGGUGUCACAGCUGGCCAGAAUGUAACCAUCGACGCACCUCUCGGCCAUAUUCCUGUCUACAUCAAAGGUGGUAAGGUGUUGCCCCUUCAGGAGCCCGGCCUGACCACCACCGAUGUCCGGAACAGUCCGUAUAGUCUCUUGAUUGCCCUCGACGGAGACGGCAAGGCAAGUGGUGGGCUGUAUGUUGAUGAUGGUGAAAGCCUGAAGCCAGAGAGCAUCUGGGUUGACUUCGAAGCAACUUCCAGCAGUAUUAAAGCUAAACCUAAUGGCACCUUUGUCGAAACCAACGCCCUCGCCAACAUCACUGUCCUGGGUGUUGAGGGCAAUGUGUCGAAGGUUCAGUUGAAUGACCAGGAUGUCGGGUCGGUCUUCGCAUUUGACGCCAACGCGCAGAAGCUGAGUAUUACUGGACUUCAUGAGCUGACGAAAGACGGGGCAUGGGGUCGGGAAUGGACCCUCACUUGGAACUAG